UUAAAUUUUGCAUUUGAUGUCCUUUUUUCAGUUGCUGCAACCCCCUUGGGACAAAGCAAGUGCUCCUGGGGUCCAUCUUAUUGGUGCCAGAGCUACAAACAAGCUGUUGAGUGUAAAGCAUUGGAGCAUUGCCGCAGUAAAGUGUGGGCUGUCAAAGAUGAUGUAAUUAUUUUGUUAAUAGCUGUAUAGAUAUUAUUAUAGCUACAUUAAGCAUCUUGGCUGAAUGCUCGGCAAAGAACAGUUAUGAGUAGAAAGUGAGUUUGAUCCAAAGUUUUUAAAAAAGAACACUUAUUAUGCCGUAUACGUGUUUAACUGAGCUGGUCGGAGGAAGUUUCAUCUCAGAAUAAAGAAGAAAACAAGACCCCUAAAGUCGUUCCUGUGAGAUGCGUUGAUCUUUGGAAGCAUAAUGGCGUUCUGUCUAGGUUAAUGGAACAAAACAAAACAAAACAUCCGCUUGCUUUAUCCAGGGUCGAACCCAGGGUUACAGAGUUCGAUAAAGUUCCAAUGUUUUAAUCCAAGAUGAAAGUUUAAUAUUCCAAGAUGCUCUUGAUACGGUUAAAAAUUAAUUGCAAUGUGUUUCCAAGGUCUCAAAGUUAACGUAGUUCCAAUGAUUAUCCCUGAUUCCAAGGUGUCACAAGUUUACUAAGGUCCACUCCUGAUCCGUGUCCCAUCCAGAAGUCCAGUCCAUGCCAAAAGCGAGUCUUUGAUCGAUGAGGACAAUAUUUUCGCGAUUUGAACGCCAAUCGUCAAGGGUACGAAUUGAAAUUUACACGAUUUAACCUCCCAUCGUCAAGGUGUUUUCGAUAAGAAAAGAAAAAAACUGAACUCUAGCUGUGCUCGGCAAAAACUGGCGAACUCCGAAUAGAAAAAUCUAUCGGAAAUCAUGGCCCACAACCAGACGCUACUAAAACCUUAUGAAAAAGCUAGACCUAAACGAAAAAGAAUCAUGAAGGAAAGAAAUAAUUUGGCAAUUACUGGCAUAUUACUUUACUGUGAGGAGCAAGCCAAGAAGGUGUGUGAUAUCUAAACUGCAAUUAGCAGUGUAUGUACCGUUUAUUUAGUGGUUUUGUGCUUUGCUCUGCUCAUCUUAUUAUAAAAUGGUCAUAAAACACGCUUUUUUACGAAUGGCAACUAAAGAACUAGUGCGUUUUGACUUUUGAAAUGAUUAGUUGGCUGUAAAGAAACCUGUUUUACCUCAAGGUGGGCCUUGGCCAAAUUUUUUUGCCUUCUUAAAAGUUGCAGUAUGUUAUUAACCUUGAUGAUACAGUUGACUCCCGAUAACUCAAACCCUCGCUAACUCGAACCUCGCCCUAACUUGAACCAAAAUCUAUUUCCCUUGGAUUUCCUUCUUACAUUUACUGUAAUUUUACCCUCAGUGACUAGAACCCUCAAUAACUCAAACCUCGUGCUAACUCGAAGUAAUUUUUUUGUUUCCCUUCAGCUCAUUUCUUUACAAUGUUACCCUCGAUAACUCGAACCAUGUUAUAAGCGUGUGACAAGUCGGGAAAAAAACCAUGUACUGAAGUCCUAUUUAUUGAAUUUAUUUCAAAACAACCUAGUCAAUUCUUUGUCUUUACUUUUUUGUCACUCCAGUUCAAAUUCAGUAUCCACUCCUGUAUACUUUGUUGCUUAAUUGCCUUUCCUUUCCAUCCAUUUGCUUGUUUCCUUACUUCCGGUUAUCUGCUUCAAACUCCCGAUAACUCAACCUUUUUUCGAUUUCCCUUGAAGGUUCAAGUUAUCAGGAGUCAACCUUGCUUAUGACAUUUUCAUUUCGAGCAAAACUUGGCAGCACUAGUAGGCCUUGCUAGACUUAUUUAAUCACAGAUUCCUCACAAUUUUGUAAGAAUUCUAAGCCUUUCUAUUCUUUUCAUUUUAGACCGCAUGCGAGAUUUGUGAACUGGUCAUACCUCAGAUCAAAGAAUUCUUAUCACAAAAUGCCACCCAGGUAACUGUGUUAGUCUAUUUACUCUCUUUUUUUAUAUUUAGUUAAAGUGUAAUAAGUAAAUAACUUAAUGGUGUUUUCAUUGCCUGCAAUACAAAGAGUAUAGUACAAUGUAUGUUUAUUCAACAGUUUAUUUUGUAUCUAAUUGCAGGAAGAGGUUAUAUCUGUGUUGGAGAAAACUUGUGAUGAUCUUGGACCUGCACUUUCGGGAAUGGUGAUCGAAUAUCUUACCAUGUUUAACUAAUCUUUAACCCUUUCUCACAAGUUAAGAUCGCAUUAUGGUGGUACUAUUAUUAAGUCAAUGAAACUUUUAAAUUUGUGGAUAAAAUCCAUGGGUGUUGCCUAUUUAUUGAGGAUACCUCUUUGGGCGAACAUUUACUCAGUACUAUUUACUUCUUUGGAUUUUAAAUUUUUUAGAAAUUCACUGUUAAGAUUGAAAGGGUUGAGAUGGUGCUGGACCUAAGUUAGGAUAUUUGCCAUAAUAUUAUAACCAAGGCAGUCCCUCUUUGCUGCAAACAUGAUCAUCAUAUAAAAAGCUCGUCUAGCUGGUCUUGCGGGUCUAGAUGUGCCAAUGUUGAGGUCCUUGUACAUGCUAUUAUCUUUUGUUAUACCCUUUUGUAAAUGAGACCUGUGACAUGUUAGAUUUAUAACUCUGACAGUAUAUGUACUUGUUUGUACCUUGACACGUGCCGUGUGGAACAAAGGUGUAUUAGUGGCAAGGGCACUCAGCAAUUUGAUCGGCUUUUCAUUCCCUGAUGCAACCUGAUAUGUGGUUUUAGUUUGUUGUUGGUUCUCUCCUUUGUUUUCAGAGGUUUCUUUCUGCGUUAUCCAAAUUUUACAAAACAUCUCAUUUUUGCAAUUUUGAUUACAUAGUAUUUCAUGACUUAUUAUUUUUUUGGUAGUAAAUUAGCACAUAGAGCAGGUUGAUCAUAGUUGUACAUAAAUGAUUAUUUUUGUUGUUGUUCAUUUGUUUCAGUGCAAAUCUCUGGUAGAUCAAUAUGAGCCUGUGAUAAUGAAAAAUCUUGUUGCCCUGAUGGUGAGUAUUACUGAGAAUAAUUAAAGGGUUCAGGGGACAAGUACUUGCAGGCCCAUGCUAUGACUCAAUCGAGAUUCGGUGAUGAUUGUAAACAAAAACCCACAAUAACUGAAUGAAGGGCCCGGGUUUGCAGAAAGGGUGUAAGUGAUUGUAAUCCACAAAUCAUUUUGGGAAGACAUGCGCAAUAUAAUGUUGCUGUGAGUCUGGAAACAGGGCUGAAGCGUCAAAUUGUGAUUACCAUCAGCACUCAACAAAUGUGACCUUCUCCAGGAAAAUGAGCAAAAACUAAUGGUUGAUGAACGGCUUGUUAAUGGCUCUUCAAAGCAUUUUAACAGGUUGAUUAAUGCUUUUAACGGGUGAGCGGAAAUUUCUAACAGCUUCGGAAAGUGUUUGAACAGAUUGAUUUUCCUAACAUUUUGCUUAACGUGUUAACUAAACGACACGUUCUUUGUGAUUUUAAGUAAUCUUCCUAAUAAUCUGUUUGUCUCAAAUCAAUGCAUUGUCAGGCUUGAACCUUAAGACUUAGGUGUAGUGACGAACAAAACUUUCAGUGCCUCAUGUUCAAACAAAAUUCUAACGACUUCUCUUAACACUUCGAAUGUUUUCCGUUCAAAAUUCGAACGUCUUUUUCUAACGCCUUGAAUGGUUUUCCUAACGCUUUUAACAGCAGGUUACAAAAUUGUCAGGGUUUUUCAAACCCCUUCAAUAAUUUCCAAAACCGUUUUAACGCUUACCUAACGAGUUGUAAACGCUUUUAGCUGUUAAAUGGAAAAGCAAUAGUUUUCGUUUUCCCAGAAAAGGUCACAAAUAUGUUAGAAGCCAUCUUCAUGAAGUCCUUAAACUGACCUUGGUUCUAAAGAGAGUGGUGAGAAAACUUGCUUUCCAUUGAUGUGGCAAGGGUUUGGAUCCUGGUCUGGGUAACAAUCUUAAAAGAGGUUUUUAUCCGUGCUCUCCAUUUUCCCCCUCUCCUCAAAACCAACAUUUCUAAAUUCCAGUUUGAUCCAGACUAUUACAAAUAUAGAGCCAGUUUAUGGAUGCCCCACCAGUGAUACAAUUUUUUUAUUUUCUAUAUAACUUUAUUGAAUUUUAUGGUAUGAUAUUUUUCUCCUUUAUUUUUAGGCAGAUCCCCAGCAAGCCUGCACAGCUUUGGGGCUUUGCAAAUCCAAGCAGAAGAAGGUCAUUGCUGCGAAACUUAUCAUGAGCACUUUACCACUGGCGAAAAACUUCCUGUCUUCAAAACCUAAAAAAGCCAUCCUCAAGUCAAAGCCUUACAAGGCUUCUCCUCUGUGCGUGCUCUGCGAGUUUGUAAUGACUGAACUCAAGACCUUGCUUAGUGAAAAUGCAACACAAGUAAUUAUAAAUUUUGUUUUGAAUAAAAACAAAAAUAUUGAUUGGUUAUUUUUGAUUAUUUUUAACGAGGCAUUUUCUGUUGUUCCCACCUGUGCAAAUUUCUUCAUAGGUGUCAUAAAAUGGGAUAUAAACUUGCCAACCCAGUUUUAGAUGUUACAGGUCAAAUAUGCUGACCUCAGGUUAAAAUUUUUAACCUUAGUAGGUUGAAUUUCAAUUUCCUUUGUGUGUUAUAGCUGGAAAACAAAGGAAAUUGAAAAUUAACCUGCAACUAAGACAACUUCUAUGGUCAAUGAUGUCAUGGGCAUUCCCCCCCUGAGAUUGACAGCAAUUAAAAACUACGUGCACACAGCAUAAUUUGUACCUAAAAAGGGUAACUUUGUUCUUUCUUAAUUUUGCAAAAAUGGAAUGUGUGUUGUCUUGAAUAAUUUUCAUCAGUUCUUUUCUCUUAACCGGGACCUAAUUUUUUAACUUUUUUAAACCAUGAUGUGCAAGAUGAGUUAGAAAUGUCCUUAUUUUGCUUUUAAUAAAGAUAUUUCUUGAAUAAUAUUAACGCAUGUUUUAGUUCUAGAGUCACCCUCACCCAUACCCUAACACCAGGUCAAACCUUUUGCCUAGUUUAAAAGAUUUAGUAGUUAAAAUUGAAAUGUACUACUACACAAAAAACUUCAUUACCUAAUGGGGACAAACAGGUCUUCUUAAAUUUAGACUAGUGCAGCCAUAGUUAUUAGAGGAGACUGGUUAUGAAAAGCGGCAAACAUCAAUGAUGAAAACAACAGUGCUGCAGUUUAUGUUCAAAGCACCGUGAAAGUGCACAAUCCUUUGUUUUCUGUUGGCAAAUUGUUACGGAAUAAAUUAAUGCAACGUUUUUAUUGGUCAAUACAAUCAAAAUGAUAGGAAUUCUUUUGAACGUUGUGCACUUUCAGGUCCACAAAAACAUAUAACAAAGGACUCUGACAGGUUUCAUAACCAUUCCACUCAAUUAACUAUGGUGCAGCAUGGACUGUUUUUGCAGGCGUUAAAUUUCAGAGAUUUUAAACAUGAGUAAUAAUGAGAUGUUUCGUGGCUCUUAGGGGCCACAGAUUUGUCAUUCAUAAGACUGGCACGCAUUUACUUUCUUGUUCAAGUUGCAAAGUCAAUAAUGUGCUUUAUUUUGUUUAUUUUGCAGCAAGAAAUAAAGGAGGCCUUGGAAGAGGUUUGCAAUUUGCUUCCUUCCAGUAUACAAAGUGAGGUAAAUGUAUGAAAGAUUUAUUUUUGUUUGUGUGGUUUUGUUUUUCAUGGUUUUCUUCGGCACCAUCUGAUAAUCUUAGUUAAUCACUUUUUUGCUCAAUAUGUUGUAGAUUUUAGUUCAUUUAGUUACUAGUUGAUAUGUUUCAUAAAUAUUAGUACAGUUCAGUUUUUGUGCAGGAAUUGAGUUUUUUUUGCAUAAGGGUAAUUUGGCUUUUGGCCUGCCAUGCUGAUUCCAGUGAACAUCUCUAUUUAUCUACCCCACCUCCCCCAUUUGUUAUUAGUGAAUUUCUGUAACAGGAUGGGAGAAGAAAGAAGAUGGCAAACCUUGUGUGACAAGCAUGACAAUAAUUUGUUGAAAAAAAAUUCACCUUCCUUUAAAAAGGUCUUUUUGUAAAAGACCAGAAAAUAUUAAUGAUAAGUGUUGAUUAUGAGAAAACACGCAAGUUAUAGCCCUAUCACAUUCCUUUGACAUCCUCUUUCCUCCUGCUGUCUUGUUGUGUAAACUCACUAUUGUAUAAUGAGGCCCUCUUGGGGGAGUAAGUAUGUCCCUAGUUUGAAUUUCAAGAACAGCCAUUACGCAUUAUUGAGGAGAAGGCAAGGCUGUGCUCUAAGGAAAAUUGAAGGGAGGCCAGUGUUCUGAAGCUAUAAAAUCUAGGGUGCCCAGCAUAAUUAUGAUCUGUAUGAAAAAUCUGAGAUUUUCUAGUCGCCACGAUGAUGACAAGUUAUCAAUGCUAGAAAUGGAGGGGAAGGUGAUUACAAGUCAACAGUGCUGUCACUUCUUGAAAAUGCCAAUCAGAUAAAAAAGAUGUGUUAUAGGAAGGGUUUCCUUGAUAACUGUGCCAUGAUACUGUGUUAUUUUUCUCCACAGUGCACACAAUUCGUGGAGCAGUAUGAACAAGCCAUUAUUGAUAUCCUGGUGCAAGAACUUGAUCCAUCCAUGGUUUGUGCAGCUCUUAACCUUUGUGCAUCAAAGAAACACCAGAAAGGUAAAGGAUGGCAAUGUUCUGUCAUUAAAAUGACGAGCCACUUGAGGCUGAGAUAAAGCUGUGGUGAUAUGAUGAUCUAAACACUUUGUACUCUGUCUUAAAUCUGAAGGGUCGCAGAUUGAGGCCUUGUCCUUGAAGUUUUUUAAACAGAUUUUUAUUUCUGUUAUCUGUAGAAAUAGGGAAGACUUUAUAGGAAGCUUUUGUUUAAAUUUUCCGUUGUAUGGAAUUGUUUUUAUUAUCAAACAGCCUACACUGGUCUAUGUAACCAAACAUAGCUAAGACAUAGACUUUCCAACACAGUAAAGACGGUAAUGACAUUGACAUGAAGGUUGUAGUGGUGUAAUGAUUAAUCAGAUCCUCGAUUUAUCACGAUUGUGACCUUUUGGUUCGAUUCAUGAUUCUUUGCUUCCAAGUUUCGAUUUUAGUUCCAUUUUUUCAGACCUUUUUCAGGGUGCCCUCAGUGAUUUAUUACAUUGUAAAAUCAGAAUCAAGAACUCCUUAAAAUGUGCCUUUUUGAUUGAUGAGCAAAGACGAUUGCAGUUCAUGCACCAUUUUGUGUUGUGUGGUUAUAAUGUUGUCCUUCAACAACCCUUGAGAAUUUCCAAAUAGGGCAAACCAUGUGCAACAUGCUCUUUGUCAGGUUCUCAAACAUGGCGACGAACGACCAAGCGACCAUGAAUCCUCCUGUCCCUGUUACUAUUCUCAAAUUGAGGAUUUAGGGUUGCACGUUGUUUACAUUAUGCAUUAUGUUAUAAGAAUUAAGAAACAUUAAUAAUUUACAUAAUCAAAUUGAAAUAAUCAAAAUCAAAUUGAAUCGCAGGGAAUAUGAAUCGUUACACCCCUAGAAGGUUAUGCAAUUCUUUGCUUCUACACAGAGACGCUUAUCUUUAUUACAUGUUGUCUCUGACCUCGCUCUUCUUGACAUGAGUGGGAUCAUCACGCCUGCAUAUGUUCUUGGGUCACAGAACUUUCUAAUUGCUUAAGGCCACGGAACAUGGCUGAAUAUUGGAGAUAUGAGACUGUAGUUGUGUUCAUCAAAUGGGGUCUUGUUUUGAUCUUUCAGCAAUGGAGAAGCCUGUGGCUCUUAAGGUUGGAAGUAAUGAGACUUGUGAAAUCUGUGAAACUGUCAUGACAUAUCUGAAGAAUGCACUUGCUGACAAUGCCACCAAGGUAACUUUCUAAAACUUGGCUUUCCUUAUCAGUGUUUCAAUUCUACCAUUCAAAGAUUGUAAAGUAACUGGUAUAUAUAUUUUGCCAAGUUUAUUUUUUGAUUGUUUGUUAUUGUUGUUUUUUCAAGUUUUCUAAGUUAAGCAAGGGUAUAGGUAGUAUAGUACCCUGGGAGCAGAGGAUUAUCUCUUGCAUGGUGUUUAUUGUUUACAAAGUCGUUUGCAUCGCUGGUCAGUCGCAUUGUGCUGAUGAGCAACGUUAAUGACUUUGUAAAUGCUAAACGCCAUGCAAGAGAGAAAGCUCUGCUCGCAGUGCAGUGGAAUAGGCACCAUUGCAGUAUUAAAAUAUCAUUGGAUUCACUUUUUUUUCUCUCCUUUUUUUUCUGUUAGGAAGAGAUCCUUAGUCUUAUGAAAGCGGUUUGCAACUACUUGCCAUCCCAGAUUGCCUCAGAGGUAAUUUUGAUGUGAUAUCAUCUACACUAACUUGUGAACUGAUGAAACAACAACAACUUUAUUCUUUGUACAAAAAUACAAAAGUUGAAUAGCUUGCCCUGCAAAUAGCUGGAAAGCUAGUCUGGCAGGGCAAGACAAGUAUAUCAAUAACACAAUUAUCUAGUAAAACAGAAACCUUAAACUAUUAGAAAGCUUUGCAGAUUGUAACUAAAAAUAAAUAACACACAGAAGUUAAGGUGGCUCGACUGGAUUUUUUUGAGGGGAUACCUCCCAAGUUUGAGCAUUAACUACUUCGCCAUGAGUAAAGAUAUGGGAAAAAGAUUACCACAACUGUAUUAUAUAAAGACGAAAAUUUCUUAUGAUCUGAGUUUUAUUGCAAUCGGAGUCGCCAUGGCAACAUAACGACGCCAUUACGUUUUUUAUUUAUCUUUGUGUUUCUCUGUACCAAGAGUUUUUUUAAGAAAUCGCUUAAGGGAGUUUGUACCUGCCAUAAUUGCCUCAAUUAUGGCAAAGUUUGAACAAAUUCUAUGAGAGCGUUUUCGAGAUAUUUUGAAAGGAAGUUUUAAGCAUCAUAAAAACAGUGAAAUAGCAUGCUAUCCACACAAUUAGCUAAUUUUUUAAGAAAAUGGUAAGCUUUGGAAACGCGGCUUCAUCUCAUAGUGGUUUGAUUCCAUUGAAAACUGCAUACAAAAAAAGAGAAGAAUUGCUCUGGGCGAUCUCGAGUAAGAAGAAUUUUAGUAACUUGCAUUUAGCUGCUUUUGUUACGGUUUUUGCACAUAAUUUGGUCCAUGCGUACAAAUUUUGCAUUUUUCAAAAAACCGCUCGAUAAAUUUUUUUAUAAAUUUUGCAAUUCCGAGAUCAAUCGUGUAUAAAUAUACCCUGCAAGUUUUAAGAACAUUGAAAACAGAGAAGGCUUUUAAAUAGGGCCUCAAAUAUAACCAAUUUCCCCCCCAUAUUUUGUGUUUACAAGUGAGCAUCCUCAUUAUUCACUGGCAUUGUUUCCAAGUUUCAUAUGCACGUGCCCAUUUAGUGAUCUAAUUGACACAUGUUGAUUCUUUGACAGGUCAUCGUUCUUUAAUUCUUUAAUUUCAUUACGCAAAGCUUGAUUUGCCUUUCAGAGCUUGUCAUUACCCAUCAUACUGAAUGGUUUUCAGAAUAUGCGGGCUCAGGAUAAGAGAAAAAUUUGUGAAUUAAGAUAGGAGUGGACAAAAACACUUCUGCACGGCUCUGUUCUUACGUGGGGCUCACUUGAAAAUAUAAUAGAAUGAUUGAUUAAUUUGAUUAUUAAAACUAUUUAUUUGUCAUUUUAUUAGUGCAGUGCUAUUGUCUCAGAGUAUGGUGAAGCCAUUCUGGAUCUGAUUGCCGACUCUGAUCCUCACGUUUUGUGCCAGGUAUCAGUAUUGUUUUCUUUAUCUGCACCGCAGUAGAAUACUCUUUACAGCGAUGGGUCCAGCAGGAGUUCCAGAUGUCCUUAACCCUGUCAUCUCCAAAAGUGAUCAAAGUCAAACUGCAAUAAAACUUCCAAAUUUCAUUUUGUAAAAAUGCUGGCAAAUAAAACCAUGUGAGAGAAUUGUCAAAGAGGCUUUAUUUGUAUGGUCAUACCACAGGAUUUCAUCCAAAGACUCAAAAAUUAGAACCACUUGACAAGAUUCCGUCUUUCAAUCUCAGCUAGGGUGAAAGGGUUAAUUUUGAGAUUGUACCUAACAGACUUGUUCCAGGGUAUGUUUUGGAAAUUGACCAAAGGUAGAUUAUGUUUUAAUGAGUACAGAAAACAAAAAGAGAGUGCAAAAAAUUCCUUCGUAGCACAGAAAACUCACGCUUAAUCUUAGGCUGCAUUAUGCAUCUGGGCCCAGGGCGUUUUUGCAUAGAUCAUGGUAUGCUUCAGAAUGAAAAUUUUCUGCAAUCAUUCUGUUUGAUUACAAGGAUUUUUUUUCCACACAAUCAAAGAUAACUCGACCAAAACAAACAUCGCAAAAAAAAGAUACCUUGAAACAUAAAAACAGUUGUAGAAAAUUUCCACUUAAUAUCAAGUGGCUUUACUGUUGUAACCACACCCAAUGCAAGAUUCAUGAAGCCAUCCUAAAUUAUGGUAAUCUAAGUAAAGUCUCACAACAAUUAACAAAAUGCCCAACGUAUAGUACAGGACAUGGGAGUUGCAGCAUUUCACCUGUUUUGUAAAUCUGACGUAUUGCAUGCAAAUUGCACGAGAACUACACGCGCGAAACACGCGUGUAAAAAAAUAAACGUAUAAAUAUUCGAGAAAAUACUUGUCUUAUUUACUUGUAAAAUUGUACGUGCGCAUAUCAUGUCUAGGUUAAAGAGGUCCUUUUAAUUAUUUCAAAUCAGACAAUAGUACGACAGCAUAGUAUUGGGAAUUGUAACACACAAUGUGCGAGGAAAAAAAUGAAAUUAGUAGAACGCUAGCAAUGUCAGUUUGUUUUAAGGAAAAAGGCUGUUACAGUUGAAGGUGGAUUGGCAAGCGAAUACUUAAAAAUUUGUUUAACAUCCAUUUGGCUCAUUGUAAAAAACAGAGUUAACAGAUGUCAUUUCAUAUUUACUUUUCAGGAAAUCGGUCUGUGUGAUUCAGCUGUUGUAAAGAAGAAGGGCGGUGACUUCUGUUUCCUUGGUGCAUCAUUCUGGUGUGCUAGUAAGCAGAAUGCCUUCAACUGCAAUGUAAGUUAAUCGUAUACUGAAAACAUGACAAACGUAGUUAAUAGAGUUUUGGUUUAGAAGGGUAGCAAGGAGAAGGAACAACGGAACCUUUUUUCCAACUGAUUAAUUAGUGACUUGAAGUGGCCAGGCUUGGGGAGACUCCUCUUAGUUUCCUCUUAGACUCCUCUUUUGUUUUGCAAUUCCCCCCUCCACCCCCCCACUACCAGCUUCGCUGUUCCUGAGGUGGUACUUCCUGAUUAUACACACCAUCAAGGUAUGUGCAAUGCGGUACGGUUUUUGACCCUUUUUGAUCUGGAAUUGGGUAUAGGUCCUAACCGUUUGGGUCUGUACAGGGUUUUUUUUUGUUAUUCACUUCCUGAGUAGAGUGGUUGGGAUGUGAAAUAUGUUAGGGAAAAAACUUGUGGUCUGAAACAGGGAGAUGUUUCAGUAAGCAUGUCAAACAUUUCUGCAUGAAUUGGAUGCCAAACCCAAAAAGCAAUAAGAAGAACAAAACUAGUGAAAUUGAAGGUAUAAAAAGAAGACGUCCCUGUAGGAAAUAUUCUUAUAUUUGCGCUUUGGACAUACACUUAAACAAGGAGGCCACAUCACUUAAGUGAUUUUAGUGAGGGCCCUGUUUCAAAGGAUCACAGCAGUAUUCAUACUUAAUUCAUGACUUAAUUUGGUGUGUUCUUUAUCUCCGCAGGCCUUGAAACACUGCACCGAACACGUGUGGAAUUAG